ACCUCGAUAUCCGGCGAUGCCGCUCAGUUGACGUUCGGAUGAUCUUGCAGCAACACGCACGCAAACACGCCGUGUCCCACCAUACCGAUCGAGGGUGUGUUUGAAGUUAUACUGGGCCUUCCCAUCCACAGGAGAAGCUCGUGAUAUCGACAGCACCAAUUCAUUGCGUCUAUCUCCCUUUUCCAGACAAAAGCACGACCAAAGUGAAGUGAUAAUUGGCGCUAGGCGAGUGUAUGCGUGUGUAUUAUGGGCGGCUAGCACCGUGCCGGACUACGUCUUCAAUAAAACACACAACAGUGUCUGGCCGGUGCUCACCGAAAGAGGAACCGGGUCACCAAUAAUACCGUUUAGUAAGGUGGUUAAUUGUGAGUCCGAAAUAUAAACCCAUACCCGGGGACAGAGAGCCAGUUGCUGAAAGUGAAGCGUUACGAUCAUUUACGCGAGUGCUAGACGUCAAAUUAAUUGAUUAACUCGGUGACCGUUUUUGGGGUGUAACCCGCACUGGAUGAUGGCACUGGAACGAAGGUUGAUCGCGUUGGUGCUAGUGAUCGGGUGUGCACUGGGGCAGCAAACUAACGAGGACAGUCUACAGUCACUGGACAGUUUAAGCCCCCCGACACCCUCGGUACCGACUGCACCGGCCGAGAAGCAGUUCCGGGUAGUGUACGAAUGGAACGUGCUCGACUUUGCUUUCACGAAUGAGGAUGAACGAGCGCAUGCCCUGUACGAUGGACACUACAUCCCGAAGAAUGUGCUCAUCUCCGACUGUAAACCGUUUGCGAAUCGACUCUAUCUCACCAUUCCGCGCAUGUUACCGGGAGUUCCGGCCACCCUUGGAUAUGUCGUACGUCCAGAAAACAAUGGACGCACCGAUCCGGAGAUUGUACCGUACCCGUCCUGGGAUAUGAACGAGCGAGGAAACUGUUCUGCGUUACAGUUCGUUCAGGGAAUUGCUAUCGAUAAGCAAGGUAUCAUGUGGGUCGUCGAUUCUGGACGUACUGAAACGUUAACGCGUGGUAAAGAUCAUGUCGUCUGUCCACCGAAGAUCUUGCUGCUGGACCUGAAACGCAACGGCAGUAUCGUGCUACGCUACCAGUUCCCGGAGUCGGUUGUACCUGCCGGUAAUAAUUACCUCAACAAGAUCGUUGUAGACGACGCGUUCGGAGGGUUCGCCUACAUUACCGACAACAGUGGGGCCGAUCCUGGAAUUGUGGUAUUCUCGCGACGACUCCUCAAGUCGUGGAAGGUGCGAGAGAACAAUUCGAUGCGUGCCGCUCGUAAUGCGGUCCGGUUCGGUGUCAAUGGUACGGAGCUAAACUUUUCGAUCCACAUCGAUAGUAUCGCACUCGGUCCGUACUACAAUCCCAACAUUUCCCCGGACCAACCGGUUGUGGAUACGCUUGUCAAUAGCCAGAACUACGAGCGUAAUGUGUACUACAGUCCACUGUCCAGCUACCACAUCUAUUCGCUACCGGCAUCGCUUCUGCGUGACUCGGAGUUUAAUGCCCGAGCGACCCCGCGUGACAUUCUCGAAGCCGUCGUAGACUACGGCCAGAAGCAGUCGCAAACGGACGGCAUGGUUAUGGACAACCAGGGCGUGCUGUACUUUGGGCUGCUCAGUGAACAUGCCAUCGCCAAGUGGGACACCUACAAACCGUUCACCGCGGCAAACCAGCAGAUCAUCGCGAAGGAUGCCACCUACAUCCAGUGGGUGGAUAGUAUGGGCAUUGACCACGAAGGUUACCUGUAUGUAACGGUCAACCGAUUGCACAACUUUGUCGCCGGUCGCCUUAACCCGCUGGAGGUGAACUUCCGCAUACUGCGUGCGAAAACGGGCGCACUCAGCUACGUCAAUACACCGGACAACUUGUUCAACAGCGAUGGAAAGUUUCUGUACUCGGGUGCGUCCGGUGAGCCGUUUGCCGACAAUGGGUUGGUGUAUCAGUAUGAAGGUACUACGCCUGCCUCGAGCAGAUUGGCUGCGGCGGGAAUACUUGGUGCAAGCGGUGCCACGGUAAACGCUUCCUUCGCCGGAUUUAUUGGCGUCCUUGCGCUGUGCGUCGUGACUAGCAUGAUUGGCCGGUGGAGCGUUGCUUAGGGUGGAUGAUAUUGGAAUCUGAAUGUGAGUUGACAUCAUCGUUCGCAAGGACGAAUCCAACAGUCAGGUAUGGAAGAAAAAAGAAUCUCCCUCCACUUCCCUUUCUCCGCCACGUUACCAGUACUUCCGUAUCAGUAUUUGUAUAUAUAGUUGAGCUUAAGUGUAAAUAAGCGAAGCGUGUUCGCUGCUACCGUUCUUGGAUUUCAUGUUGACUUUUUAACGAGGAUACGCUUCGGAAAUAAAAAUGGUUAUUUUUUACGACA